GUCAAAAAUUUAAAAUGCAAAUUGUCAAACAAUUUAUAGAGGUUAUGUUUGGAUAAGGUAAUAAUUUUAAUUUUACGUAACUGCAAGCAAUAUACCAACAUAAUCCGUAAAGUUAACAAUACUAGAAAUUAAAUAUACCACUAAGUUUUUUCACAAAAUGAGUUCACUUUAAGCGGCUAACGCUGACCCUCCAUCGGCUCGUGACGCUCUGACAUGGAUGAAUUGAAGCACAGAGCUGGUGAAAAACUCGAAGCAUUACAAGUAGCAGCAAAAACUGUAGCUGACAAUGGUAAAUCGCGCGUACAAGAUGUUGUGCAGACCACGGUGGAUGCUAUUCAGAAGAUCCGUGAAGCAUUUCACGACAUUUGGCACAACGAGCUGAUCGCGGAGGGUCGCGAGCGCGCGGCCGCCUGGACCCGCGAGGCGGUGCGCCGCAUCCGCGAGGGUGCUCCGCCCCUCUCGCCCGUCUUACUCUAUGAAGAACUGGUGGCGUUGUGGCACGAUAGAGUAUGGCGUCGCAGUAUGUUAAUAUUCGCGUGCGGCGUGGUGGCGGGCGGCAGCGCGGGCGUGCUGCUGGGCCUGAAGAUAUCGCGGCGCCAGCACGGCGGGCCGCACGCGCGCGCGCUGCACUCGCAGGCCGACCAGUCCGUCAUACUCGUCGAGGACGCUGUCGCUCCUGGCGCGGGUUCAGGGGAGGUGUUAGUACGUGUGCAAGCAUUCAGUAUAUGCACGGUGGACCGAGGGGCGUUGCGCGGCCGCGCCCACUUACUGCGCUCCCUACUGUACCGCGGAUACGUCACUGUCGGGAGAGGAUUCGCAGGCGUGGUGCUGGACGUAGGCCAAGGUGUGACGGACUUAGAAAUGGGAGACGAAGUAUGGGGAUGUGUCUCGGAGUGGUGUGGUGGGGCGGCCACCGAACUGUUGACUAUCCGCAGUACUCGAGUGAGCAAACGCCCCCGCGGUCUCGCAGCCGAUACAGCGGCGUCCUUGCCCUGGGCCGGGGGCGAAGCCCUAAUAGCGCUUCGGAACAUCGCUUACACGCCUGAUAACUGUAAAGGGAAACGGGUAGCAGUAUGUGGCGCGGCCAGCGGCGAGGGUUGUGCGCUGGUACAACUGCUGAGCUCGUGGGGGGUACACGUCACCGUCGUCGCGCCCCGACACGCCGCGCUCACACUCAAGGAUCUAGGCGCCUCAGACUUCGUGGACAUAGAAGGCAACCGUGAGUCGGGCGCGUGGUCGAGCCUGGAGGCGCGGGCGCGGCGCACGGGCCCGUGGGACGCCGUGCUCGCCUGCGCAGCCGCAGAGGUGCCCCCUAUAGCACUCGCCAACAAACCUGCAUUACUCAAGGCAACAGCAUCGCGCACAGCUUUCGUCGACUUGAGACCGGGGCCGCUGAUCACCGACCGCCUGCCGACGCCUUUCGCUAUAAUAUAUGCUACUUCAUUCUACACCUUUAGGGUCUUACGGUGGCUGGUGGGCUGUGGUUCCAAUACAGAUUGGCUAGAAGAUCGAUUUAGACUAAGAGAAGGCUUGGAAGCUCUUGCCAAACUAGUUGAGCGCGGUACUAUGGCGCCUAUACUUGAUAAGGUAUACCUACCACAAGAGUUCGAGAGCGCACUCGCGCACGCGUGCAGCGAUGACGCGAUCGGUACCACAGUCAUACGUUUCCCUUAGCAAAUUACAUCUGUUCCUUUAUGUGAGCCUGGUACAUCGGGCCAGUCUUAGUUCUAAGUAACCAUCACUGCCAGUGGAGGAUCAUAAAAUUAAAUAGGAAUUAUCUUAUUUAUACAAAAAUACUGCAUACAAAUCCAAACAUAACGAAAAUCAGAAAAAAAAUGAAAAAUAAUAAAAUCUAGACAGACGUUUUGUUUUAAGAUCUAAAUUGAUUUGACUGAAUAGGCAAUUUAGUGAUUUAGCGCAAAUUCGAACGAAUUAUUUAUUAUUAUAUUAUAUUUAUUUUUCUAUAUUGCGAAACAAAAAUACCUCCUUAAAAAUCUACAUUUAUACAUUUAGUUACCAGGACCACAUAACAUACGUAGCGAUGUAUUUAUUAAAAACGGAACUCAAUAAAAUGUUCCUGUGGAAUGUUGUUCCUAAACUUAAUUAAAAAUUACUUUUAUGAAAUAAGUUCAUCAAUUAGUUACUUAAUUCGAAUUGUAGGAACACUGCGAAAUCCAAUAGCUAGUGUAAUGAGCAGAGAUCGGAACUAGGUAGAGUUAUUCAUGUACUUACACUG